GCCCUGGGAGUCUCCACCCCCUCGAGUGGCGCUACGAGCAGGACAGAGAGAUCGGAGCAGAGACACAGGAAACACAAACACAGACUGGUCUGGAAAGAAAAUCAUCAAGAGAAUACAGAAGAGAAAAAGCAAAAAGAUAAUUUGAGAUUUGGAGCUGAUGUGGAAAACAUUCAGAAUGGAAGGCAAACUCCCAUGUCUUCUUGUGCUGGUGGGAGCAAUUAUGACUGCCCAGUGCCAGGGCUUAUACGUGCGUUUCAAACGUGGAGCCAGAUCUAGAGCCAUUUGCACAGAUAAUUCAUCUGCAGAAAUUUACCAACCCAGGGGGACCUGGCUGAGGUUUUCAGGGAGCAGAAUAGAAUACUGUAGGUGUGACAGUGGUCAGAGUCGCUGCCACACUGUGCCUGUCAGAGCCUGCACUAGAAAUAAAUGCUACAAUGGGGGCCAAUGUUCACAGGCAUAUUACUCCCCACAGCUCUUCAUCUGCCAGUGCCACCAAGGUUUCUCAGGGAAGCAGUGUGAAAUAGAUACUGAAGUUAAAUGCUACAAAGACACUGGAGUAACAUAUAGGGGUACCUGGAGCAUGACAGAGAGUGGAACUGAAUGUUUAAAUUGGAAUAGCAAUGGCUUGGUGGACUGGAUGUACAGCGGCCAAAGAGAGGAUGCUGCUGAGCUGGGAUUGGGCAAUCACAACUAUUGCAGAAACCCAGAUGAGGAUUCCAGACCUUGGUGCUAUAUCUACAAAGGGGGAAGGUACGCCUGGGAACACUGCAGUGUGCCCUCCUGUUCAAAAGUUAGGAACACCAACUGCAGAUCUGGACGAGGCACAGAUUACCGUGGCAGCCACAGUGUCACCAGUUCUGGAGCUACCUGUUUGAAGUGGAAUUCUCAAAUCCUUGUCAACAAGCUAUAUACUGCCUGGAGAAGAGAUGCUUACCGGCUGGGUCUUGGUAGUCACAAUUUCUGCAGGAAUCCUGAUAAUGACAGCAAGCCCUGGUGCCAUGUCCUGAAAGGAAAUCGGCUCACAUGGGAGUACUGCAAUGUGCCUACUUGCUCCACCUGUGGCUUACGGCAGCGCAGAGUACGCCAGUACAGGAUUAAAGGUGGUUCCUACACAGACAUUGCAGCUCACCCAUGGCAAGCUGCCAUCUUUGUGAAGUAUCACCGUGUGCCUGGAGAGCACUUCCUCUGUGGAGGAAUUCUGAUCAGCUCCUGCUGGGUUUUGUCAGCUGCUCACUGUUUUGAGGAAGGCUUUAGUACAAAUCAGCUGAAGAUUGUGCUGGGUAGGACUUCCCGAGCAACUCCCGAGGAAAAUGAACAGAAGUUUCAAGUGAAGAAGUACACUGUGCAUCAGAGAUUUGACUCAGAAAAUUUCAACAAUGAUAUUGCUCUGUUGCAGUUGAAUUCAGAUGCAGAAGACUGUGCUGUUGAAACAAGCACUGUCCGUGCUGCCUGCCUCCCCAUGCCAGAGCUGCAGCUGCCUGACUGGACUGAAUGUGAGAUCUCUGGUUAUGGAAGAAAUGAAGAAUUUUCUCCAUUCUAUUCAGAGCACCUGAAGGAAGGCCAUGUCAGAUUGUUCCCAGCCAGUCGGUGCACAGCACAGUAUCUAGACAACCGGACAGUUACAGACAAUAUGUUAUGUGCAGGAGAUACAAGAAACCUUGAUGAUGCCUGCAAGGGUGAUUCUGGAGGACCUCUGGUCUGUAUGAAGGAUGAUCGUAUGUAUCUGAUUGGAAUCAUCAGCUGGGGAAUAGGCUGUGGCCGCAAAGACACACCUGGUGUUUAUACAAAUGUGAAUCGUUAUCUUGACUGGAUUCAGGACACCAUGAAACUCUGAGAAAGAAAAAUGAACCCUUUGCAAUCCUGUGACCAUGCCCUCACAGCUUCCUUCUGUGUGCUUUAAGUAGGCUAACAGGGCUUCCUGUUUGUCCACAUGCUUCUAGUACAACAGAAAAGCAAACUGCAAUGUAUGGGAAGGUCAUGUUCUCAAAAUACUCUCCUUUCCUUAUUACAGGUUAUUAGAAGCUAAUCAACCUUUUCCCAAACAUCACCAAACUUUCACCUUGCAUCAAAUCACAUAAGUGCAAUAAAAAAAAUAAUUCUGGCCGAGUGAAUAAACCAAGAGACAACACCUGGGCACCAUGCAUCUCUUUAGCAGCUGUACUGUUUUUAGGAAUGGGUGUGAACUGAAGGGGACAUUUAAUUUCCUGAAAACUUCACCUCCCUCCUUACUUCACUGUACAAUUGGAAUACCUUAAGCUCUGUCCUUAUACCAUGUCACUUUGGUAAUUUAAGCUGGUUUCAAUAGAAAGAACAAAAGCUGUAGACACGGGCUAUUUAUUUCCAGAUUAAUAUACUACUUGCUUCUGCAGUUUGGAACCAAUUAAUUAACCAAGUUUAAGCUCAAACUCUCAGAGCAAAUUCAGGAUGGCAUGCUUAUUAUGACAUUUUAUUCUUUCAUUUGGUUUUGCUCCUGGUAAUAGAAUGGGUAAAAAUUUGAACAGCAGCCUGAUCUGCCACAGAAUCAAUGCAUAUUUUUGACUAUUAAAUUUCUAUGCAUUAUCAUCGGAUACGAAGCAAAAGCUCUCUCUUCUGUGCAGCAGAGCAAAACAAAGGACAAAUGUAUUGGUAGCUAGAUUUACAUCCACAAGUAAAGGCCAAAUCAGGUAUCACAAGGCUGCCUUUGUCCUUAAACAGAAGACAGGACAGGUACAACCAAGUCAUCAUGAACCAGAAUCUCAGUAAUCGGCAUUACUUCCUUGCACUGCUGCUGCCACAUGACGCUAAAUGCCACCUAUGCACAUCCUAAGAGUGAAGCCUCUCUGAGAGCUUCUCUUGUGCCUCAUUGUUUCGUAAAGCAAAACCAGGCGUAAUUACCUUUUAACAAAAGGAAAACAUUGUAUUGAGGGUACAUAAGGAAUUUAGUUUUAGCAUCAAUCAGUAGCUAGAAAACUAGCCUGUUGUAUAUGGGAAAUUCAACACAUUUUUGAAACUCAAAAUGUUUACUCUAACAGUUUUUAAGGAGCUCUCUGAUAACCCACUAGCACAACUACUCAGAUAAAUAAUCUAAGUAGGUAUAGAAGAGAUUUGGUAAGAUGGCCAUUACUUUCUCAAAGUUGUUUUGUAAAUGGCAACUUUAUGAAUGGUGAGUUUCUAGCUACCGGCUUAGAAACUGACCUCAAAGAGAUCUUCUCUAAUGGCCUCGGAGGAACAGUGGUCCAGUUAGCUUCAGCAACAAGUCUCAUAUUCCAGGCCGUAGAAGGAGAAAAUACGUUUUUUAAUGAAGAGUCACAGUUUAGGUUUUUGGUGUGUUUUUUUUUGUUGCUGUUGCUAAUUUUAUUUUGUUAUUAACCUUGAGAAAAAUACAAAUUAAUUUCCCUUCAUUUCCCCUGAGCCCACUUCCAUGCGCUCUUGUGCCUCACUGUACUGGCAUUCCAAGCCUGCCAAAUACCUGCAGCCUGUAGAACAGUCUAAACUAUUUCACAGACUAAUGCAAGUCAUAGUCCUCAGGAAGGCAACUUUUGUUUCGAAAUUCAAGCAGUCUACUAAAUACAAUAUUUGAGCUCAAUGCCAUCUAACAGCCACUGAUAAAAUGUAACUGAACCACACCUGACACAAUCUCUUUUAGAAAAAUAGAACCUACAAAAACGUAAGCUGCAGAGAAAAGUUUUACCUCACAGUUAUUACCAAUUCUUGGAAAAUACCAUUACAUUAAAUAUCCAAGUUGACAAAGAAUGCUGGAUAAGCCCUAGCUGCAACCUCUGCACUUGUUCAUUCCUUUCAUCCUGGUCUAUCUUUUGAGACAUCUUCUACGUAGCUGACUAAAAGAAUGGCCCAGAAUCAACCCCAGAGUUUUACAAAUGCUUCUUUGUCCUUCAUUUUCUCCCUUAAUCUGGGAGAUUUACCAAAUCCUUGUCCAAUAGCUAGCAUCUAGUAUUCUCCAGCCUUACUUUAACUUUCAUUUCUCAGAAGUUGCUGCCACCUAGCUCAGUGCAUUCAACUGCCUUUCUCUGUCUUCUUUACCCAUUACAUCCCUCUCUAAUAAAAAAAAUUCCCUGAGAUUGUUUCUGUCUUUACAUCAACUUUUCCACUUACACGCUUUUUAUCCCUACUUGUCCCCUUCCAGCACACAGUAGCACCAUCUUGAGACAAGGUCUAAGAAUAACAACUGCCAUCUGCCUGCUUGCUUUCCUCUGACUUUGCAGCUGAUAUAUUGUCAUACUCAAGUUGUUUCAGAACCCAAAUCAACAUCAGCAUCUUUUGUAACUGAAGUACACAGCUGCACCUCAUAUUUAACCCCAGAAAUCCUUCUUAUGUCCAACUUGCGUCAUUGACGUUCCCCAUUUCCCCUUUCUGCCCUGCUUCAUCUUCCAUAGGAACUUGCAACCAUUUCAGACUGGCAUGUCAUAAGGGCCUGAUGUCCUUACAUAUAUAAGAAAUCUUCCAGUAUCUCGAGUAACAUGAAUCACUUCAGCAGUAAAUAAAAGACCCUUUAAAAAUCAAAGCUACAAGCCAAAAAGCAGUAUCGAUAUUUGAGGAGCAGGAAGGUGAUGAGGUAUUUGUCUUCAUAAUCAAAGCAGUGCCCUUAGCAUGCUACCCAACCCAGUAAACAAAAAUGGUUCAGCUGCAUUCCUAAGGGCAUUUUCACUUGAGGUUCUAGGAAAUGCUCAGCACUUCUUUUAGGAAACACUAAGAAAAAUUACCAAGAAAGCAAUUAAUUUUAGUUUAUCAGACAGCAACUUAGUCCCAGGUUUACAAUGCCAACUGCAUAAAGACAUUUAUCUCCCUAAGGCACCCACUAUACAC